CGUGACGACUGUCGCCGGGACGUAUAAAACCUGUCUGCGACCACUGCAACUGCAUUUCGAUUUUCGACGACAAGGAAAAUGAAGCUACUCUUGGUAGCUUUCCUUGCCACUCUUGCCGUUCUGGCAAGGGCUAAGUCAGAUAAGAGACAAAGCGGCGGAACAACAUGUGUACCACAAGACAUUGUGUAUAUGGUAGAUUCCUCUAGUUAUGUGGGCGUUGCAAAUUUUCGGUAUCAACUUGACUUUAUAAAGAACAACAUAAGAUACUAUAAUCUGAGCCCACAGUGCACGCACAUCAGUGUGGUGACAUACAGCUCUGGUGUGUAUAACCAGUUCUACUUGAACCAGUAUCACACCUUACAAGAACUCAACCGCGCCAUUGAUGGGAUCCAGUACCAAGCUGGAGGCAGCAACACUGCCGAUGCCAUCAACUGGGUCUACCAGAAUUCCUUCACUGCAGCCCAUGGUGGCCGCACAGGUGUCCCCCACUACGCAAUCUGGGUUGGAGGAAGCACCAGUGCUAACCCCUCUCAGACUGUUGCAGCUGCUGAAACAGCGAGGAAUAAUGGCAUGAGUAUUUUUGCUGUUGGCGUUGGCAACGGAUACAAUUCCGGAGAGUUGAGAGGAAUGACGAAUAGCGACAAGAACAUGUUCACAUCCCAGAACUUCAACGCCCUCAGCACUCUUGCUGAACCUUUGGCUAUAAGAGUCAAUGGAGCUGUUACACCUUCAACCAAUCAAGGGAUGGGUGCACCCAACUCAUGUCUUCAAAGGGCUGAUAUUGCUUUCCUGAUCGACGGUUCUGGCAGUAUUGGUUCAGCCAACUUUCUUAAGCUAGAGAACUUUGUGAAAGGAAUUGUGGGAAAACUUGACGUUGCCCCGGACAAGACACACGUUGGAGUUGUACAGUUCAGCAACUACCCGAAACAAGAGUUCCCCUUGAAUAUGUACACCUCCAGACAGGAUGUUAUGACAGGAAUAGACUCCAUGCACUACAUGGGUGGUGGCACCAACACGGCUGACGGACUCAAGUACCUGCGCGAGCACACGUUCACAAGCACUUCUGGAGCGAGACCUAAUGUACCUAGAAUUGCCAUCGUCAUCACUGAUGGACAAAGCGCGAACCCAUCGGCAACUGCUGCAGAGGCCGACAAGGCUAGACAAGAUCAUAUUGGACUCCUUGCUGUGGGUGUUGGAAAUGGUGUCAGUGUAAAUGAGCUAAAUGCCAUUGCGGACAACCCGGAUAGUGCAAACACGUUCACUGUCAACAGCUAUGACCAACUGGACAGCAUCGCUGCUCAGAUCAUUCAGCGAGCAUGCACAGUGCAAGCAACAGCACCUCCCCCUACUUCAGCCUCCAGUGUGACUCACCCUCCGGAACCGUGCCAAAACAAAUUAGCAGACUGUGCAAAGUACGACAAGUCUGUGUGCUCCGGUACAUACUUUGGUUGGGCAAGGGACAACUGCCCUCGAUACUGCGGAUUCUGUGUCCCACUGUACACGGAACCCCCACCGCCAUGUGUUGAUAGUCUCUCCAACUGCCACGAGUUUCCGCCAAGCUCCUGUGUGGGCAACUUUACGGCGUGGGCUAAAGAUAACUGCCGCAAAUACUGUGGAUACUGCGAUGCAUCAUCACAGUCUGUUGGAUUCUAUGGCAAGUGUUACUACAAGAACCAGGUCUACAAACAGGGCGAAACGUGGGAUGAUGGCUGUGACUACCAGUGCACAUGCACAGACGGAGCCACUGGCAAAUACCAGUGUUAUAACAAGUGCCCCGUGUAUUAUGAGCUUCCCUCUCAGUGCACAUUGGUGAAGGACGAGUCCAACUGCUGUCUGCAGCCCGUCUGCGACUUCAAUCCCAAGAUCAAUUCCUUCGAGACAGUGAACCCAGGAAAAACUGUAGAUGGAAUUUCUGUAUGCAAUUACCAGGGUACCAACUAUUACCAGGGUCAGACGUGGAAUGAUGGCUGCCAGUACACAUGUCAGUGUGUUGAUGGAACCACAGGCUUAUAUAAAUGCCAGACACUUUGCCCAACCUAUCAAAACGUGCCCAGCUACUGCCACCUGGUUCAGAAGCCAGGAGAAUGCUGCAGUAAACCAGUCUGUGAGUUUAAGACCCAGACUGGUAGCUUCAAUGGAGUGGGAUCCAUCAGUGGACAGGGAACAAGCAUAUCACCUACAGCUCCCCCAGCCUGUGUGGAUGCGCUGCCAGACUGUAACAGAUAUGGCCAGAAUGCUUGCGUGAACUUCUUACCAUGGGCACGUGACAACUGCCGAAAAUACUGCAACCUGUGUGUGGGAAAUGCACCUCAGCCUCAACCUACAGAUGUCUGCAUGUACAAUGGUCAGGCCUUCCAUCAGGGUGACUCGUGGCAAAUUGCCUGUGACACUCUCUGCACUUGUGAGAAUGCAGUUUAUGGUUACUACAGAUGCGUCAGCUCGUGCCCUCAAUACACAAACAUUCCAAGCACCUGUCAGAUCGUUAAGAAGGCCGGUGACUGCUGCUCCAAGGUGGAAUGCCAGCCUGGAACCGGUACCUUCCUUUCCUCUACAGGGAACCUGCAGACCAUCGGUGGCGGUGGAAUGAUCGAGGUGCCAGGGCAGCUUACCCCAACCUUGCCCUCCGGCGGAACCCCACCCCCAGGCACAGGUGGAACCAGUUAUGUGGCCCCCUCGCUGAGGGGCUGCCUGUACAAGGGCGACAUCUACAUCCAGGGUCAGACAUGGGAGGACGGCUGUGAGUACUCGUGUACUUGUGACAAUGCUGACAGGGGACUUUACACUUGCAAACAGAGAUGCCCAGAAUUCACCAACAUUCCAAGUGAGUGUCAUCUGGAGACAGACCCUAGUGACCCCUGCUGCCAGAUCCCUAAAUGUCAGUUCACUGGGACCCCUAUUCCCGUGAUCCCUUCAUACAAGCCGAGCAUCACUGGCCACAAUGUGGUGGAGCCCCCGAAACCCAACGAGCUGUAUCACGGUUCUGUGACCCCUAAUAUUAUAAGUUUCACUAUUGCUGGUGGAGUGACUGCCCCUACAGCACAGACAGGUGUUACUGGUGGCAUUGGAUAUUGCGAGUACAAAGGUCAGCGUUAUCAACAGGCGCAGCAGUGGGAAGAUGGCUGCCUGUACAACUGUGUCUGUGAGGAUGCCACCAUUGGCUUCUACAGAUGCAGGGACAAGUGUGCCAAGUUCCCGCCACUUCCAUCCCCGUGCAUCAUGAUCCAGGACCCAAACAACGUGUGCUGUCAGGUCCCCCAGUGCAAUUUCACAGGUCAGGUGACCUCGAUAACGAACGCGCCCACAAAUCCAUCCUUCACCAAUCCACCUGCCACAACAAGGGCACCUGUUCCUUUCACAACUAAGGCUCCAAAGGUGUGCACAUACAAGGGUCAACAGUACAGCCAGGGACAGCAGUGGUUUGACGGUUGUGACUACAAGUGUGCCUGUGUCAAUGCUGAGUUUGACUAUUCACAAUGCAGCCCAAGAUGCCCACAGUUUUUCAACGUUCCUGCCGGUUGUACUGAGGUUCCCGACCCCAAUGACCCUGGAUGUUGCAAGGUCCCACAAUGCAUUCCUACCCCUCCCCCCGGCGGUACCAUCAACCCAAAUAACAUCAACACCAUUGCGCCUGGAUCCUUUGUUGUGCAGGCAAACUCCACCACUUAUGUCGGUUAUUGCGACUACAAGGGGCAACACUACCAGGGCGGUGCUAGAUGGGACGAUGGCUGUGCUUUCACAUGCGUGUGUGAGGAUGCAGCCACUGGCCGCUACUCCUGCACUGACAAGUGCCCCAGUUAUGGUGCCCUGCCCCCACAGUGUACCAUGGUUGCCGACUUCACAAACCCUUGCUGCCAGAAACCGGACUGCAAUUUUGUUGGAUCCUUCACAGACAUCACUGGCACCUUGACGCCAUCUCCGGCUCCUGGUGGCCCCACUAUGGCCCCUAAUCCAAACCAACCACAACCCACAAAUGCACCUGCUCCAGGCUACUGCGUUUACAAGAGUGCUUCCUACAGUCAAGGUCAGCGCUGGAACGAUGGCUGUCAGUACAGAUGUCGGUGUGACGAUGCAAGCAAGGGACUCUAUGUCUGCGAUGACAGAUGCCCAAGCUACCCUAACGUACCAUCUCAGUGUCACAUGAUCACAGACCCCAACGAUGCCUGCUGUCUGAUGCCCACUUGUGACUUCACGCCAAACAUCGGAGGCAUUACUGGCUCGGGUCCUACUCCGGCCCCUAAUAUGAUUCCUACCAAGGUCCCUGGCGUGAUCACAGGACAGGCCAACACCCCGGCCCCUACCCCCGGACUCAACGGAGUGACCCAAGCCCCUAAGCCACUAAAUUACUGUGAGUACAAGGGAUCCCAGUACCCCCAGGGUGCCACCUGGGAUGAUGCCUGCGACUACACAUGCACGUGUGUUGAUGCCACCAUGGGAAAAUACCAGUGCAACGAGAAGUGUCCCAAAUAUGGCAGCAUACCGGCUCAGUGCCACAUGGUGAAGGAUGCCGCCAGUCCUUGCUGCUUCAAGCCUGUCUGUGACUUUGUGGGCAUAACAACUGAGAUCACUGGUCAGCUAACAACGCCCGCUCCAAACCCAUCAAACACGCAGGCACCAAACCCUUUCAACACCCCAGCACCAAACCCCAACCCGAACGUUAAUCCAACUCCAGCCCCUCUGCCCAAAGAGGUUUGUGUGUACAGGACAGAUCAGUACACCCAGGGACAGCAGUGGUACGAUGGCUGCAACUUCAAGUGUACUUGUGAGAACGCCAAGACUGGUACAUACAGAUGUAACGAAAGAUGCGCCAGCUACCAGGUUCCCUCAGGCUGCUCCCUGGUGGCCGAUCCUGCUGACCCACUCUGCUGCAAGGUCCCAUACUGUGCCCCACGGGCAAACUCCACACAGCCUAUACCCACAGCCCCACCCGGUGUGGUCACGGGAGGCAGUGUAACCAAGGCACCAACACCCAUGCCCACCCCUGCCCCGAUUCCCGGGCAGGUACCCAACCCGGACGCCACACCCGCACCAACACCCGCACCAGGACCUGCUGUGUGUGUGUACAAGGGCAAGUCCUACAGCCAAGGUCAGCAGUGGCAAGAUGGAUGUGAUUACAAUUGUGAAUGUGUUAACGCUAUGACUGGCCAGUACAGAUGUACCGAAAUCUGUGCUAAAUACCCCAGCCUUCCUACUCAGUGUAGACUGGUCCAGGACUUCAACCAGCCGUGUUGCCAGGUACCCCAGUGUAACUUCACACCCUCCACAGGGGAGAUAACUGGCCAGCAGACAACUCAGGCCCCACACCUGGGCCCUACUCUGGCCCCUAGCCCAGGAUACAACCCCACGCCUGCCCCAACAUACAAACCCUCGAUUGACCCAACCCCUGCUCCAACACCCAAGAAGCUCUGCGAGUACAAUGGCGUGAAAUUCUCCCAGGGUCAGAGAUGGGACGAUGGCUGUGACCUCAAGUGUGUGUGUGAGAAUGACAUGACCGGCUACUACAGAUGUGACCAGAGGUGUGGUGUGUACCAGAAUCUGCCCGUGGGCUGCACCCUCGGCACUGACCCCAACGACCCUUGCUGUAGAGUCCCGGUCUGCACAAACAUGCCCACCCCGGCCCCCAACCCCACACCUGCGCCAAAUCCGAACCCCACAGGACCCGUGCCAACACCCGGUAUCGGCCAGACGUUUGCACCGACCUUCCCGCCCAACCAGCCAACUCCUGCACCACCAGUCACAUUGGCUCCAGCGAUCAUCAACGGUCAAGGCGUGACGCCAGCACCACCUCUUGGUGUAACGACUAUAGUACCGCCUACACCGAUGUGUGUCUACAACGGCAAGUCCUACAUGCAAGGUCAGACAUGGCAAGAUGGCUGCCAAUACAACUGUGAGUGUGUCGAUGCCAUGACUGGACAGUACAAGUGCACCCAGAGGUGCCCCAUGUACGCCCAGGUACCGUCUAACUGCAGACUGGUUACAUCCCAGUCCGAUCCGUGCUGCAAGGAACCAGUCUGCUCUCAGCCCACACCAUCUCCCGCCAUUACACCAGCACCCCAACCAAAUCCACAGAACACUCAGGCCCCCAAUGUCGGCCCAACUCUUGCACCCAAUCCCAACCAGACACCAGCCCCUACACCAGGCCCAGUACCCAAUCCAAACCCAGGCUACCCAACACCGGCACCAACACCGGUUUGCAUCAUGAGUGGAAAGUCCUACACUCAGGGUCAACAAUGGAAUGAGGGAUGCGAUAAGGUCUGCGUCUGUGACAAUGCUAUGACUGGGCACUACAUCUGCAACGAUAGAUGCAAGAUGUUCCCGAACGUUCCUCCAGAGUGCAGGAUGGUUCCUGACCCCAACGACCCCAUUUGCUGUCAGGUCCCACAAUGCAUCAGUGUUCCACCAACACCCGGACCAUCAGGUGUGCCUCCAACGAUGUACACCAACUUCCCAUCGGCUGUCGUCACAGGAACGGGUACUCCACCCACCAUGGGACCCACUUUGGCUCCCCAGCCAGGGCAGACAACUGUGAUUCCAACUCCUGCUCCAAAGGUGUGUGUGUACAAGAGCCAGCAGUACUUCCAAGGUCAGAGGUGGCAGGAUGGAUGUGACUUCAACUGUGUUUGCGACGAUGGAAUGACCGGCAAAUACACAUGCACUGCCAGAUGUGGAUCCUUCCCUAACCUUCCACGUCAGUGCCAGCUGCAGAGGAACCCUAAUGACUACUGCUGCUACGUGCCAGUCUGCGAUUGGUCACAGCCGACCCCUAACCCGUAUCAGACACCUAACCCAAUGACCACAGUGGCCCCACAUGUGGGCCCUACCCAGGCCCCUAUUCCAGGCCAGCCGACCACACAGGCCCCUACUCCUGGACCUCAACCUCAGCCGCAACCAAGAUCUUUCUGCGUGUACAAUGGUGUGACCUUCGGUCAAGGUCAGGUGAUCGAUGAUGGCUGUAGCCAGCGAUGCCGAUGUGAUGACGCCUCCAUGAACUAUUACAACUGUUAUGACAGGUGCACAAACUACCCAAGUGUUCCUGCAGGCUGUAUCAUGGUAACAGAUCCUAAUGACGCCUGUUGUCAGAUCCCACAAUGCAACCUUGCUCCAACUCCAGCACCAAAUCAAACACCAGCACCUAACCCACUCAACACACCUGUUCCAAAUCCAAAUGGUCCAACUCCGGCUCCUGGUCAACCAAACCCUAACCCCACGCCUGCCCCUGUCCCCUACACAACCUUGGCCCCGAUUCCGACGGCCGUGACAGGUGUUGUCAUUAACAACCCAGAUCCAACCAGACCCACCAGUCAGAAAGGUUUCUGUGUGUACUCUGGCGCCAGGUAUACGACUGGCCAGACCUGGGAUGAUGGCUGCAACUUCCGCUGUGUGUGUCUUGAUGACAUGAGUGGCCAGUACAAGUGCACUGAAAGAUGCGCCCGCUACACCAACAUUCCGACCUACUGCGUCCUGGUGAACGAUCCCAAUGACCAGUGCUGCAAGGUUCCCUACUGCACAAAUGUGGUUCCCACACCUGCACCAGUUGUGACGCCUGCUCCAAACCCGCUCCAAACGCCGGCACCCUACACGGGAGUGCCCACAUUUGCUCCACCACUUGGCACCACACAGGCGCCUAAUCCAAACCCUAAUCCAAACCCUAAUCCAAACCCUGUUAUGACCCCUGCUCCACAGCCUUUGCCUAAAGAUGUGUGUGUGAUGAACGGCAAGGCAUACACGCAGGGACAGACGUGGUACGAUGGCUGCAAACAGACCUGCAUGUGUGAUGAUGUUUCCACUGGCCACUACACGUGCAAUCAGAGGUGCGCCACUUACACGAAUGUACAAGCAAACUGUGUGAUGGUACCUGACUCUCAAGAUCCAGUCUGCUGUCAGAUCCCAUAUUGCACUCAGCCAAACAGCUCUGUACCCAUUCCACAGACUGGCACUGUCACUGGAGCCCCUGCGCCCACCCCUAGACCACCAACAACACCAGCACCUAUGCCAGGCUUCCCCACACCUGCGCCAGGACAACCCACAUUGGUACCACCGUUUGGAACGACAGUUGCGCCCAACCCCAAUGUGAACCCUACCCCAGCCCCUAACCCUGUUCCACAGGUUUGUGUGUACAAGGGAAGCACGUACAGCCAGGGCCAGACUUGGAGAGACGGCUGCCUCUACGACUGCACCUGUGACGAUGCAAUGCACGGGAAAUACACUUGCACUGACAUUUGCCCGAAGUACCCACAGCUGCCAGUGUUCUGUAGGAUGGUUCGUGACCCCAUGAACCCCUGUUGCCAGAAGCCUGAUUGCUCCACCCCUGCCCCGUCCCCUGUCAAUACUGUAGCCCCAGUACCUGGCCAAGUAACCCCUGCACCAACACCCUCUCCCAGAAUCAAUUUCUGCGUGUACAAGGGUGUUCCCCUGCAGCAAGGACAGGUGUUCAAGGACGGCUGUGACAAGGUGUGCCGCUGUGAGGACACCAUGAGCAACAGUGUUGUCUGCGAUGACAGGUGCCCCACGUAUCCAGCCCUGCAGCCUGGCUGCACCAUGGUGACAGACCCUAAUGACCAGUGCUGCCAGACUCCACAGUGCAGCCCCGUGAACCCAACCAACAACUCCACCGUGAUCCCUGGCGUGCCUGGCGCAACCAUCACUGGAUCAACCCAACCAAACCCCAACACACCGCUGUCUGGAAAGAGAGAUGUGUGCCUGUACCAAGGCAAAGCAUACACCACGGGACAGACGUGGGACGAUGGAUGCACAUACCACUGUGUCUGCGUUGAUGGCAUGACCGGCCAGUACAGAUGUACUGAGAAAUGCCCACGUUACCCCAACGUUCCCCCAUCAUGUAGCAUGAUCCAGGACCCCAUGGACCAGUGCUGCCAGAAGCCUUACUGCCAGAGUUAUGUGGCCCCCACACCUGUACCAAACCCAACACCAGCACCAAACCCGAACCAAACACCUGCACCAAACCCGAAUGUAAACCCAACACCUGCACCAAACCCCAACCCGGGAACCACAUUGGCUCCAUUACCAGGGCAACCAACACCUGCUCCAGUUCCAACACAGGCUCCAGUUCCUAGAACUGGGUGCAUGUACAACGGCCAGAUGUACCGACAGGACCAGGUCUGGUAUGAUGCCUGCAACAAGAUCUGCAAGUGUGAGGACGAGUCUACUGGCUACUACAGAUGUCAAGAACGAUGUGCCAAGUACCCGACAGUUCCGGCUGGCUGCACAUUGAUCCCCGACCCCAAGGACCCCAGCUGCUGCAAGGUGGCUUCCUGCCCACUGGCCCCAACAGCCCAGCCGAACCCAACACCUGGUUUUGUUCAGCCGAACCCUAACACUCCCGCGCCACCCAUGGUGACAGGUGUGGCCCCUGUACCGACCCCCAGCGGACCGAACCCCUUCCCACAACCAACACCAGGACCAGGCCAGACCUUGGCACCAAAUCCAAAUCCCAACGUUACACCGGCACCUCAACCAAGAACUGGCUGCUACUUUAAUGGCAAAGUUUAUCAAAAGGGAGAGAAGUUUGAUGAUGGCUGUAACUACCACUGUGUAUGCAUGGAUGAUAUGACUGGACAGUACAGCUGCACUAAACGUUGCGCAGACUGGCCCCAGCCCCUGCCGACCCAGUGUGUUCUGCUCCAGGACCCAGCUGACAUCUGCUGCCAGAAGCCGUACUGCGACUUUCUGAACCCCACUCCAUUCCCGAAUGGCGUCCCCACGCCCGCACCCAACCCCAACCUGACCCCUGCACCAGGCCAGGUCACACCAGCACCCAACCCUAAUCCAACAAUGGCCCCACCAGGCUACUGCGUGUACAAGGGUGUUUACUACACCCAGGGUCAGACCUGGGAUGAUGGCUGCGAUAAGAAGUGUCGCUGUGAGGACGUACAGACUGGUUACUACUCCUGCAACCAGAGAUGCCCAGCCUACAACAAUCAGCCAGCUUCCUGUAGACUGGUUACCGACCCAUCAGACAACUGCUGUUUGGUUCCUGACUGCAACACAUUCACCACUCCAACACCAAUGGUCCUCCAGCCGGGUACCUUCCCGCCAGUGUCUGGUGGAAACCAGCCCACUACCACACCACAGCCUAUAAUCAUGAUCCCCAGCCCACUCCCACCUGCCAUCAUUACAGGAACCAGCAGUAAUAACCCUGGACAGCCGGGAACCAACACUGGUGGAACCAAUUAUUGCGUGUACAAGAGCAGCAUCUACACCCAGGGACAGAAGUGGGAUGAUGGCUGCUCCUACGAGUGUGAGUGCUUUGACCAGAUGAGAGGCCAGUACAGAUGCACUGAGAAGUGUCCACGCUAUGUGAAUCUUCCUCCAUACUGUACAUACAAGCAGGACCCAGCAAAGCCAUGUUGCAAGGUUGCAACAUGUGACCUCUCUCAGAUCCCUACCCCAGCCCCACCCACCCCAGCUCCCAUCACAAUUCAGCCUGGAACCAACCUACCAUACACAGGAACCAAUCCAAUGACUGUUCAGCCUGGAACCAACCCACCAUACACAGGAUCCAAUCCUCAAAUAACUAUACAACCUGGAACUAAUCAGCCAUACACAGGAACCAAUCCAAUGACUGUUCAGCCUGGAACCAACCCACCAAAUACUGGAACCAGAGUAAACUGUGUAUACAAGGACAUGACUCAGCACCCUAUGGGCUCCACAUGGCAAGACGGCUGUGAGACGUGUGUGUGUGAGGAUCCGUCCAUGAACUCAUACAAGUGUAACAGCAGAUGCCCGGUCUACUCUGACAUUCCAACAUCCUGCUACUUGGUCCAAGACCCGAAGAACGCCUGCUGCAUGCAGCCAAUGUGCUCUGGAACACUCAACCCCAUAGUUUCCGGUAGUAACCAGCCUGGACCGUCUGGAACCAACCCGGUACCAAUUGGCAGUCACACCUCAUUCUCAGGAUCCGGGCGCCCAGAUUAUUUGCCUGGACAAACAACCAGUGGUCUUAGAUCCAUGUGCGUGUACAAAGGAACCGCCCACAAUCAAGGCGAGUCCUGGGACGACGGCUGUGACUUCACGUGUACUUGCGCAGAUGGCGUGAAAGGACUGUACACCUGCACUUCUAAAUGCCCAACAUACCCGACCAACCUCCCAUCGUACUGCAAGAUGACCUUGGUGCCCGGCAUGUGCUGCAAGAGUCUCUCUUGCAACAUCCCACAGGUUGGCAUGUACCAACCGGUACCAGGUUUGGUCCCCACACCUGCCCCAACACCAGGCCCGGGACUGACUCCAACACCAGGAAGCGGCAACCCUCAGUCUGUUAUCUACCCAUCCGGUACCCAGCCUGUCAUUGGUGGAACCAGUCAGUAUCCAGGAAGUGGCUAUGCUCUUCCACCUGGCGUCAUUGCCAGCAGCAUAAGAAACCAGUGCGUGUACAAGCAGAAGCUGUACAACCAGGGAGAGACAUGGGACGAUGGCUGCGACUAUCGCUGCGAGUGCAAGGAUGCCACCACCGGAUACUACGAGUGCAAACCACAGUGUGCCAGAUACACGCUGCCUUCUGGCUGCUACACAGUCAAAGCCGCCGGGCAGUGCUGUGAGCAACCAGUCUGCCAAAAACCAGACGGAACAGAUUUCAACCCGCUCACUAACCCGUCUCCACUCUAUCCAGUAUACGGAUCUUACAUGCCUGGAACCGGCGGUUUCCGUCCCGGAUACAAUCCAAGCACUGGAACUGUGACAGGAACCGGCGGUGGCAUGACAGGCCAAAGCACUUCGUGUGUGUACAAGGGCAGAAUUUACAACCAAGGACAGAGGUGGGAUGAUGGAUGCGAAUACACUUGCCAGUGUACAGAUGCUUCUCAUGGAAUGUACACAUGCAACCCACAGUGUCCGACCUACACUAACCUGCCUAGCAACUGCCAAAUGGUCACCCUGCCUGGUCAGUGUUGCCAGGAGCCUCGCUGCAACGUGCCCUCUACUACGACCAUCCCAACACCUCAAAUCCACAACACCCCUGCCCCGAUGCCAGGUGGCUGUGCUGACGCCAUCCAAAACUGCGCUUCUUACGGUGUUACAAGCUGUAAUGCUCCAUAUGUGGAAUGGGCAAGACAGAACUGCAAUGCUUACUGUGGUUUCUGCAACACAACAACUAGCCAAACUCAGACGGAUUGCAUUGAUAAACUAACCAACUGCGCCGCCUUUGAUGCCUCUUCAUGCACAGGAAUUUAUGAGCCAUGGGCGCGCGACAACUGCAGGAAGACCUGCAAUCUUUGCGUUACCACUUCUGCACCAUUUGUGACUCAACCAACCAAUCCAUGCUUCGAUAAACUCUCCACCUGCAGUCAAUAUGACCUAGCUCAGGCAUGUACUGGCCAAUACCGCACAUGGGCCUUGGAAAAUUGCCAGAAGACCUGCAACCUCUGCAGUGCAACUGCUAACUUUGGAACAACAGUGAGUGGAUCCUCACCUGACCGAAACUGGAUGAUCCUGAUGAAGGGUGUGGCCGGCGUUCCAGGUGACCUCUAUAACCUGUGGAGCACCAGUCGCACGGAGAACCAAAAUGUUCCCGAGGCUAUGUACCUGACAAGCACUUACCCAGGCCACUACAAACCCGAUCUUUCUAACUACUGGAGCAGUCUUUGUAUCGACAAGGUCAAAGUAGCAGUGUUUAAUGGCGGAAUAGAGCGUGCCAACAUCAUCUUUGAUGCCACUGGCGCUGACAAGAUGAGCUGGUUUGAUCCAAGCAGAAUCAUCUCGUCUACCUGGACAGACAUUAAAUACGCUCCCAAGAACUUAUUCAGCCUUCUCGGGGACCCAAGCUCCGGUCAUCAGUUCUUUGCCAACAGUCAGGGCACUGGUUGCAACAAUCAGGGCUGGAUCAUGGUUUCUACACAGGGCAACUGUCCGUACGAAUCUGGCACUCAGAAACCUGCUUUCUACUUUGCUCCUGGUCAGACAUCCGUUAACUUUGGCCAGACCGCCCCAGCUUCAGGAGACGUGUUUGCCAUUCUUGCUCAUCCAAACUGCGCUGGUCCAACUCAACCAGUACAAACAACCAUAGGGACGUCCGAGUUCUGCAUCUACAAAGGCCAAAUCUACCAACAAGGUCAGCAAUGGAUGGACGGUUGCCAGUACAAUUGUACCUGCGAGGAUGCCAAGACUGGAUUCUACAGAUGCAAUGACAUGUGCCCGGUCUGGAACAAUCUGCCGAACACCUGCACACUUCAGAAAGCAGCGGGAGAGUGCUGUUCUCAACCAGUCUGCCAGAAUGGACAAGUUCUCAAUCAGACAAACACGUGUUUCUACGGAGGCAACUACUACAGAGAGGGCGAGCAGUGGCAAGAUGGCUGCAAGUACAACUGCCAAUGCAAGGACGGAAGACAGGGUUACUAUGAAUGCCAGACACUUUGUCUCAAUUGGAACCUGCCCCCCUCCUGUCAUCUUGAUCCGGCCCCUUCAGGCAAAUGCUGCGAGGUCCCCGUGUGCCCAUCAAACAUUCAGCUGCAGUACCCGCCUGGUUAUGUCCAGCAUUAACGUGCACAUGACCAUCGGACUUUUUAUGUGAUUUCAUUCGUAAUAAUGUGUGAUGCAAUUACUGUUUCAUAUUGUACACAAAUAAAUUAAUAGUAUCAAUUA